GCGCUGGGCUCGCGGCCCCGUGUGCACGACCCGGUUUGCCGGCGCAGCUGGCUGCAGGAGCGAUGGCGCGCCCCCCGACGGCCGUCCUGUCUUCUCUGGAAGGGGCGCCUGUGACUUGAGCGGAGGCACAAGAGUCCCGGCGGGGAGAGGACCCCAGCUCUGCAUGACCAAGCGCGUGCGGAACAGGGUUGGGGGUGCCACCUCCCCCAGAGGGCCCCAGAGGCUGCGAGUUAUGGGAAGGGUGGACCCGCCCUCGGGGGACCUGAGCCAGGCUGAGAGGGGCGGGCGACACGCCCGAGGGGCCUGGUGUGAGGGGGAGGGGUCACCUGCUGAGGCUGAGGGCCACUCGCCCCAAACCCUGCCUGGCUCUCCCUUCUCCUCUCCCGGUUUCUGUUGCCUGAACUCCCUCCGCUUGCGCGGCUGGAGCUGCCUUCCGCGCUCCCCGCGGUGGCCCGGGUCUGCGGGGUGGGGGGACGGAGGGGUUCCAGGACACGAGUGGGCUGCGGGCUCACCGGCUUGCGCGCGUCGGGGAACCCGGCUUGGGGUGCUGUGCGUUCUCUCUUUUGCCACAGUGAAGCCACGGCCCAUGUCUGUUUCUGACCUCGUUUUUGAUGAAUGCGGCACUUAGGACAGCCGCUUCUUGGGGGAACUGCCUUAGACACGCCUGCCUCACUUUCCCUGAUGUCUUCUCUGUCCUGGGGGGGCUCAAGGCGUUUACGGGGCAGGUGUGCCCACCGGAUGCCAGUAACCUGUCUGUGAAGAGCAAAGACUCUACAGUGCGAUGCCAGGAGCCUGUUUUCCAUUUUCCGUUGUGUAAGCUGGGAAAAUCGGACGCAGUUUUCUUCUCUAACGCAUCUUUUGGGACUGCAGAUCAAACCCCGCAUGCGCCCAGCUGUAACCAACAGACUCGUGUGGCCAAGUACAGGUGUUAAGACGGGUGUGUGCGGGCUCCCCACGGCCGGUCUUCCAGGGCCUCACUGGAGUCCGGAGCGGGCAGUCUUCCCGCCCCGCAGAGGUUCCGUGUGCGGUUGUCCGGUUCUGUCAGUGGUCCUUGGUGUGUAAUUCAAGACUCUCUCCCCGUGCACAUACUGAGUUUGGGGCUUCAAGUGUAUCACGUUAGCAUUUGCUGGGUAACAGGCCAACCGCAUUCAGUGACUUUAAACAACAGUCAUUUAAGGUUUUGAGGUCCUGAGGCUCCGUACUUGGGGCUGGGUGUACUCGGUCGGGUCCCGUCGGUGCCUGGUUCCCAAGAGAGGCCGUGAUCUUCUGGUGCCAAGGCUGGGGUUGGUUGGAAAGAGGAUUUCGUUUCCUUCCUGGUGGUCGGUGCUGGCUGUUGGCUGAGCCUCGUAUCAGGCCAGUCCCGGGCCUCUUCACGGAUGUCCGCGGAAACGCGCUCCUCCACCUGUGUCCAGGGUGUGCGCUGCGUUCCUUUUGGCGAGAGCAGGUCACGUGGCAGAGCCCACAUCCGUGUUGGAGGAAGUGAGCGGAGGGGAGCAGGUCAUGGAGAACCAUCACGGCAAGAGUGCCCUGCAGCACAGUGUCCCAUGUCCCUUACGGGUGUCUCUUCCUGUAAAGUCACGGGCCAGUAGUGUUGUUGCAGGGUGUCUACUUCUGUGAAGACGAGCUGUUUACACCGCGGGUGUCCUCACGGAGACACGACUGUGAAGCCCUAAGUCUGUGUCUCUACUAAUAGGAGCAUAAACAGUCGUUGCUUUAAUGAGCAUCUUCAAGAUCUUAAAUUGAUUCUUUCUCUUCACUGUUGGAGCUGCAGGCUCGCUUCCUCUCGUCUUCUCUAGCCAGUGUGGAGAGCUUCAGACAGGAGAGGCCAGGUGUGGGAGCCGAGCCCCAGCGUCUGGUCCUGCAGCCAGGCCAUUCGCCUCCUGUCCCAGGGAGCCCUCCAGAGCCCUCUGUGGUUUCCCGGAGCAGCGGAAGAUGCACACCUCUCUGGAAUUGGUGUCCUUUGAGGACGUGGCUGUGAACUUCUCCUGGGAGGAGUGGCAGGACCUGGAUGAUGCUCAGAAGACCCUGUACAGGGCCGUGAUGCUGGAGACCUACAGGAGCCUGGUGUCCCUGGGGCACUGCAUUUCCAAACCUGAGGUGAUUGUCAAGUUGGAGCAAGGAGCAGAGCCGUGGGCUGUAGGGGAAGCCCCAACCCAGCGCCUCCCAGAUGUCCAGAUUGCAGGUGACCUGACGGAGACCAGCCAGGACCAUCAGAGCAGACAUGUGGGGCAAGUUGGGUUCUCCAGCAACAAAAGGUCAACUACGAAGAGAACCGCCUUUGGAAAACCAUUUAAUUUGAGUGCAAUCCACAUUUCAGACCUGGUUAUAAAUAAUGGAGACUGUUCAGGAAUGAAGCCAGAGGAGUUUGAUGUGUGUCAGAAUAUGUUUCUCCCUGGUGAGCCUGAUGAGAUGCAUGGUGAAGAGAAGCCCGAGGACCGUAAUGUGAGCGGCAAACCCUUCGGGUGUGAACACCGUAGUUUUCAUCAGAAGGGUCAGAUUUUGCAGCCACUUUCUGAAUUUGGUGGGCAAGGGCAUGACUUGAACAGGGAGACAACCACCUUUACACAUAGCAGUGCUCCUGUGGGAGAGACUGCCUGUAACUACGAUGACUGUUGGAGAGCCUGUGACAAAUCUGCUGUCGUUGUCCGAGAGAGAACUCAUGUAGGGGAGGGUCACUGUAGGUGUAACAAAUGGGGGAACACCUGUGUGAAACCAACCCAAUCGAAUCUUCACAGAGCUGAUUUGGAGGAGCAACACUGUGAUCGUGAUCAAAGAGGGGACAAUUUCAGCAAGAAAUUACAACUUACUCGGCUUUCAAGAACUCAGUUAGGAGAGAAAACUUUUGAAUGUGACAUAUGUGGCAAAACUUUCCACGAAAAGUCUAAUCUCCGUAAACAUCAGAAAAUGCACACAGGGGAGAAACCCUAUCAAUGUAGCGAGUGUGAGGAAACCUUUAUCAGUAAAACAGUUCUUACAGUACAUUGGAGAACUCAUACAGGGGAGAAACCCUACGCAUGUAUCGAGUGUAAGAAAACUUUCUGCCAUAAGUCUCACCUAACUGUUCAUCAGAGAACCCACAUGGGAGAAAAACCAUAUGAGUGUUACGAAUGUGGGAAAUCUUUCUCUGUGAAAACCAAACUCACUGUGCAUCUGAGAACACACACAGGGGAGAAGUCCUAUGAAUGCAAUGAGUGUAGGAAAUCCUUUUACCAGAAGUCAGCCCUCACUGUACAUCAAAGGAUUCACAAUAGAGAGACACAUCAUGAAUGCAAUGAUUGUGGUAAAACCUUCUGUAAGAAGUCCAUUCUCACUGCGCAUCAGAGAACUCACACAGGGGAGAGACCUUAUGAAUGUCAAGAAUGUGGGAAAUCCUUUGGCCAUCGCCCAGCUCUUACCGUACAUCAGAGAACUCAUACAAGAGAUAAACCUUACAAAUGUAACGAAUGUGGGAAAUCUUUCUGUGUAAAGCCAAAGCUCACUGUGCAUCUGAGACUUCACACCGGUGAGAAACCAUAUGAAUGUAAGGAAUGUGGGAAAACUUUCUACCAGAAAUCAAAACUCACUGUACACCAGAGAACUCACACAGGUGAGAAACCUUAUAAAUGUAACGAAUGUUGGAAGACCUUUUGUGAGAAGUCAACUCUCAAUAGGCAUCAGAGAACUCACACAGGAGAGAAGCCCUAUGGAUGCAAAGAAUGUAGGAAGACUUUCUACCAGAAGUCAGCCCUGACUGUGCAUCAGAGAACUCACACAGGAGAGAAGCCCUAUGGAUGUAAUGCAUGUGGGAAAACCUUCUGUCAGAAGUCACACCUCAGCAAACAUCAGAGAACUCACACUGGGGAGAAGCCAUGUGUGGCAGAGACUGGUGAUAUGUACACCAAAACUCACUUUCUCUUUGUGUUGGGCACACAGUUCACCUGCAUUUCUCGGCUCCCGCUUACUGUGGGUGGAAGCACGUAAUUGAGCUCUGGCCAAGAGAUCAUGAACACAAAUUAUGAACAUUACUUCCAUGCCUGGCCACAAAAACACUUACUUGCCUUUGCUGAUUUUUCAUUCCUUGUGCUCUGGAAUGCAUAUUACCCACAGGUGUGUUUUUGGAGCCACAUGGUGAAGAUGGCAACCAGGACUUAAGGCAGAAAGGACUGACUGGGGAGGGCAAAGAUCUUCCCAACGCUGCCUCACAAAUCUUCACCUGCACUUACCUGAGGGAGAAGUAGUCACUGUUGAAUCCUGUGUGUGACCUAUUUCCAACAAUGUGAGUCCAUUGUAGCUAGUUCAGUUUGCGAAUUUGAGGUCGGCUUCUGUGAGACGUUACCAGUCCUUGUGUAAGAGAGUCACACAGGAAAGAACCUUUGUUGCCACUUUUCAUCCCCAAGCAGUGGAUGGAAAAAUCAAAGAAAUCAUAGGAAAAAAGAAAUUCAAUAAAUGCAGGAAUGACUUUAUUGGUCAUUGAACACUGAAGAUAAAGUGAAACCUUAUAAAUACCUUUCAUGUGUCCCAAUUUUCAACAGAAAGUCCAACUUUGUAUCAGUGAAUUUUUCAUGAAGCGAAAACUAUCAGGUAAUGUGGAUUAAAAAAUUUCAGAUAGAAAUGAUACUAUAUUGAAGAUUUUUGAAAGACUAUAGACCAUUUUUUCUCUGGGGUGAUUUUUGCCUCUGUGGCGACACUUGGCAAUGCUACUCCUGGUACGUAGCACAGUCACUUCUGAAUUUUUCUAUUUGGGGUUGUUACGGGGCCCACGAAGAUCCUAAGGGGUGGAGAAGUCGAGUCUACCUUUACCUGUUGAUGUAAAGGCAUCUCACAAGAAUGUGUGGCCAUUUCUGGAAAAUACAGUAGGACACCACCUGA